CCGGGCGGAGCCUCUCGGGAGGAAGAGGCGGGGAGAAGGGCGGAGGCGAGCGGCUGCGCGUGAGGCCCCGGCAGGCUCAACCCGCGACCUCCGCAGCCGGCCUCUCCGUGGAACCGCGGCCCGUGCGGACCCGGACGUCGCCGCGCAGGCUCUGGCUCCCUGAGUCAGAGGAAACACCCUGGCGGAGGCCUCCUUCCAGAAUCAGAGAUGGCAUCCGUGGAUUUCAAGACCUAUGUGGAUCAGGCCUGCAGAGCUGCAGAGGAGUUUGUCAACGUCUACUACACUACCAUGGAUAAGCGGCGGCGUUUGCUGUCCCGCCUGUACAUGGGCACAGCCACCCUGGUGUGGAAUGGAAAUGCUGUUUCAGGACAAGAGUCAUUGAGUGAGUUUUUUGAAAUGUUGCCUUCCAGUGAGUUCCAAAUCAACGUGGUAGACUGCCAGCCUGUUCAUGAUGAAGCCACACCGAGCCAGACUACAGUCCUUGUUGUGAUCUGUGGAACAGUGAAGUUUGAGGGCAACAAACAACGGGACUUCAACCAAAACUUCAUCCUGACUGCCCAGGCCUCGCCCACCAACACAGUGUGGAAGAUAGCAAGUGACUGCUUCCGGUUCCAGGACUGGGCCAGCUAGUGGAGCAAGAAAGUCCUGUUUGCUUCAGCCCAGCUCUGUAGAGAAAGAAAAAUCUCAGAUCUCAGGAUGUAGGGAACACAAGUUCAUUUCAGUAGCUGCAGAGAUGCUGCAGAGUACCUGGUGCUGAGGCUGAACUCUUUUGCAUUUGCUCAAGUCCUAGAAGCCCUUUCCUGAGUAUAUACUUGUUUGUCAUAGUUGCCUUUUAAAAGUAGUAAACUUUUCUAUUUUUCUACUUGUCCAGUAGAAACCCUGGUUCUGAAAAUUCUGACAUAAUAUAAUAAAAAUGUUAUUUCUUUCUCCUU